GCAGCGUCAGCGCUCCCUUCGCUCUUCGCGGACGUGGCGCGGUGCCUUCCGAGGAAAAGUCAACGUGUGAAAGUAGCCGUGCACAAAUUGACGCUGGUGUACCUUGCAGCAGGCGGCUAUAGCUUGCUGUUUUGUCUUAGCUGUGUUUCACCAGGCUCGUGAAAAGGGAGAGGCGCGCAAAGGUGCGGGCGAGCUGGCGUGGCAACUCAGUGUGCUGCCCUAUAAUGGCGUCCGCUCGACUUCACCCCGCACCGGCAGCGUUCGUCGCACCUGACGGUGGCGGUGGAGCGUCAACUACUGCCGCGGCGGCCGCUGCAGCAGCUGCCGCGGCAUUCCUCGACUUGUCGAGUCACGUGGAAUUCGCCUCAUACCACGACUUCCGCCUCUCUGAGCUGCGCGCUGCAGGUGCGGCAGCCGCGCACGGCUUUGGGGGCCCACUGGGUCCUUACCCAUUUGAAGCCGGCAGCAGUGGUCCACCGCCAGACGCCUUCUCACCCCUGGCCUGGGAAGGCCUGGGCGCCCCCGCAGGCGCGUACCACUCAGCCUUCGAGUUCGGCCACUUCGGUAUCGGUGGACACCAUUCGGCUGGUGCAGGCGCGGCUGUGUCGGCCCCUUCGUCGGGUUCUCGCUUCCCUGCCAUGACCGUGCAGGGCAAGAGGUCGCCCGCGGGGGCCGCCCAGCAGAACGGCUUCGCGUGCCCGCCACAUGGCGGCAGCGGGAAGAGCAAGCCACGGCGCCGGGUGGCCACCGUGGCUCAGCGCAGGGCGGCCAACAUCCGAGAGCGACGCCGCAUGUUCAACCUUAACAGCGCAUUCGACAAACUGCGCAAGAAGGUGCCGACGUUCGCAUACGAGAAGCGGCUGUCCCGCAUCGAGACGCUCCGCCUGGCUAUUAUGUACAUAGCAUUUAUGACAGAAGUGGUCGGCUGCUCCAAGGAUGACUCUGAGCCGUGCGCAGAAGACGCCCUCGUGGCACCGUCAAACGGCGGCAGCGUCGCCGGCUUUCCUGGCCACCACCAUCAUCACCACCAGCUCACCGGGGACGUACCGCUAGAAGACGCGGCCCUCUGGGGUCCGGGAAGGCAGCUAACCGUGGCCACGGGUGCCGGCACCCUCGGCCAGUUGUGCCCAUCAUCGAGACAAGUGUGACCUCUGACGCUGCUGGAACCGGGGGCUUACGUGUUUCCCAGGUGAAAGGGAACUGCCUCUGUGGCCAGCAGCUGUUGCGAUGGAACGAGUGAAACCAACGCACUAGUUUUCGCUGUUGUUUGGGCAUGAGACGCGACAGUGCUGUGGCUGAACAGAAACCUCUGUCCCUCUCAUAAUUGAGAUGCAUUUAAAGGACAGAUUGGCAAUGUGUCGCGGCUCCAUCAACAGUGUGGUAUAAAACACUGGGUUACAACAACAUUGCGCUUUGUUGCAAUCGUGGAACCACUAAGUCGCACAGCCCCUGUUGUAGUGACGCCAAAUUUGUCAGAACGAGGCAAAGUUUGUCAGCUAGCACGCUUUUUUUUGUCAUGCCAUACCAUUAUUGGUGAUCAAGCGCAACAUGUUGCGAUAAUUAGAUACGAUGCUUCAGAGUGGCAAAUCAUGCGCUUACAAUUGAAGCAAGUGCAUUCGUAAUUCUGCUAGUCAUGAUGUUCCUAGUAAAAAAAAAUGUUGUAUAUUUGUCGAGCUUUGAUGUGUAAUCCUGAUGUGUACAGUUGGGGUACAUAAUGUGCAGGUGAAUGGUUGGCUCAGUGGUUGACUUGACAUAAUGAAGCCCAAGGAAUGUACGCUUCAAACACACUACACAGCAAUUUCCUCAUUGAAAGUCUACUUGAAGAAACUUGUCGCAUUUAUGUUCUUUAACAAACUUGUCGCAUAUGUGCGCCCUUACUUAUCUGUUUCCUGUGGUCUCGGUAGCAUGGGGAUGCACUUUAGUAGUCUGAAGCAUUCGAAAGUACUUGGAGUUUCGAGAAAGUUUUUAAUUGUAAAUACAAUUUGUAUAGCCAUGAAAUACAGUGGACCAUCAGUCUUCGUUUUUAUUAUUUGCUGCUGACGUUGCAUCUCAGUCCACGUCUUUCGCGGAGUAGACAUUUUGCAAAGUAUUCUUUUAGAACUAGUUUAAUUGAACUUUUCAUUUGUUGAAGGAAAAUUUGUUGUGCAUUCAGAGAGUUCACACUAACAAUUCACACUGAUUUAUCAUAUUGUAAAUAUUGUUCUGGUAUAUGAAUAUAAUUUUGAUCAUGUGCAAUCAAUAAAACGUGGUUUUGGCCAAAAGUCAAAGCACUCGUCAAAACA